GCAAGUAGAUGUGUUAUAUUGUUGUGACAAUAGCGCUCCCUUAAAAUUUGUUUUACUUAUAUAACUAGCUAGCUUUCUCCCUCGCUCGCCAAACCGUUCUAAAUAUGAAAUACUUUUACCCCUAAUUCAUUAGUUUGCUGCGAUUCGUAUAGCUGUAAUUUAGUGGAUCAGAGAGUUUACUUCAGUAGUCGCUGGACCUCCAAUUUAUAUAGCUAGCUAACGUUAGCUUGCUAAUAUUUCUUUACUUCCUGCUGCUUUGGUCUUUUCACAAGUGAAAAUGAAUUCUGUCCCCGCUCUGAGAGUAGAGCGGCGUUUUGCGCAAACAUAUCGGGAAUAUUUGGAGGCGCGAGGUGUUUGGCAACCGAGAUACCGUGUGCAAAAGUAUUCCGAUGGCACAGUCGCCUUGCCCUUAUCGCAAAACUGCUUACCAGAGCUUGACCUGCACACUCUCAAGCUCACCGUGGCACCUGGAAGUUCCAUCUCCAUUGUUUAUAUCCAGACCCCAACCCUCUCCAAGAGGGAGAGAGUGAUGUCCGAUAAUGACAAGCUGGUGAAGGCCUUGCAGGAGCUGCUGGUGUCACAUGGGGAGAGAUGGAGUGAGGAGUUAAGGGAGGACGUUCCUCACUGCUGGCAGCGCCACGGGGACCUGGUCCUAAUUGGGGAGGGCUGCUUUUUGCAGCCUGUCUGGAAGAGCAUGGGCCUGGAGCUGUGGCAGGCGGUUGCUCAUGGACUGGGGUGUAAACGGCUGGCACAGAUUGGCAGAGUCUCCGGCGAUGAAUUCAGGACCCCUGUGGUGACAAUGUUACUGGGAGAGGACAGCAUUGUAAUGCAUGUGGACAACAGGAUCAGGUACGAGUUUGAUGUGACCAAGUGCAUGUUCUCCAGUGGAAACAUCACAGAGAAACUUAGGAUUGCCUCAUUCGAUUGUAGCGGGGAGACUGUGGUGGAUUUGUAUGCUGGUAUUGGCUACUUCACCCUCCCGUACUUGGUGCACGCUGGGGCUGCCCACGUCCACGCCUGUGAGUGGAAUCCCCAUGCGUUGAGUGCCCUGAAAAGAAACCUGGAGCUGAACGGGGUGUCUGAGCGAUGCACCGUGCAUGAGGGAGAUAACAGACAGCUCCGUCUGUGCGACCUGGCCGACCGGGUGAAUUUGGGAUUGAUCCCGAGCUCCAGGGAGGGCUGGCCCACGGCGUGCAGGCUUCUGAAGAGGGACGCCGGCGGAAUCCUGCACGUUCACCAGAACGUGACCUCGUCGCCCCCCCGCCCCACGGGUCCUGCUCCUCUCACGCACGACGCAAGCAGCCCAGGCGGGGGCCAGGGGGCAGGCGUUGGGUCAGAGCCCUCUCAGAAGAGCGACGCACAGAGGGAAGCGUGGAGGAGGUGGGCUGAGGACACAGCCGCCAUUAUAGCCAGUCUGCUGUGUGACAUCUCUGGGAAACCCUGGAGGACCAGCAUCUGGCACAUAGAGCAUGUGAAAUCAUAUGCCCCACACAUCCAUCAUUUAGUCCUGGACUUGGAGUGCAGACCUCGCUGAGGCCUACAUGUCCACCAAAGCACCAGAAACAAACUUUAAUGUGUUUCGGUAAUGAUUUGGCCUUGUGUUUGAGGUCCUUUACCAAUAGGAGCGAUCCCAAAAUUGCCAAUGGCAGAAUGUGUAAGAACUAAUCUUUAGAACCUAGAGGUGAAACUCUAAUCAAGGGACUGGUCGUUCUUCCAAGCUAAAUAUUAACGAAAUACUUUUCCAGUGAUAACAUUGUUAAUAGCUUUGGGUUACUUGUUGCGUGCAACCAUUUAAUAUAGUUACCUUUGCACUGAGAUUUGUUUUUCAUCAGUUCAAAUUUAUUGAGUUGAGAAAUUGUUACACAGUGCAGUGGGUAAAUAGCUAGUCAUGUGUGAACUUUGCAUUGGUUUUUGAUAAUCUUUGUUUUUUGACUGGCAGCCAGUGUGAUGUUCUUCAGUACAGUUAAAUGUUAGCAUGAAUGAUAAACUAGUCCAUAAUAAAUAGUAAUAUUUGUUUUCAAAACCUCCUCUUACAUUAGAAUGAUGUCCUAUAAAUAGCAUGUUUGCCGCUAUUGAACUGAAAACCAUUAACAUGGGGUUUAUACUUUUGUAAUAAUAUGUGAAAUGAAUCUUGUACAAAGUCCAACUCAAUACUACAUGUGGUUGGUUCCUGCUUUUGCAGUUUAACUACAAAAAGGCUAAUAUGACGGUAUUAGGCAUAAACCAAUCAGAAGCAAAAACAUAAGUUUAAAGCCCAUGGCUUUACACCCAGGUAGCCAUGGCACAAGUCGACUGAGAUUUGUGUGGUCAUUAAAUUCUAUGGACUACUUCAAUGAAAGGUGUAUGCUGUGGCCUGAAGACCAGUAAUAUUCAGAUAUUUUUAGGUUUUGAGGUUCCAUGGGAAUGGUUAAAAUUCAAAAUGCCUUCAUAAGCUUUUCAUUAUAAAACUGAAAAUCUAAAAAAAAUUACGCACCAAAUUUCAGUCUGAGCGCAGUAACUUUGAAACUUCGCAUUAUAAAAGUAAACUCAAACCACAUUUUAUUUAAUACUUAUAUUUGCUGCAUACACAACUUCAUGAACAUGUUGACUGUUGUCAAGACUAAGUCAAUUUGAUGUUACCUACAGUAAUGACUAACGUGGAAAUGAACGCGGUUGAAGUAAGAUAUUAAAUAAAAUUGUGCCUUUUAUUUUC